AUGGCACCGACAAACCAGCCGACGUUCACUUUUAUCGAUCAUGACGACGAUUUGAGCUCCAAGCGCAUCAACGAUGCCAAUGCCCGCAGGGCGAUCCGGUCCCACGUGAUGCGUGAUGUGCGUAGACGCGAGCGAAUUGCCGGAUUAAGACGAGUUUCAAGACGCGGCAGCCGUGCAAGGAAGAAAGAGACCCCGUUUAUGCAGUCGAGCGGCCUGAACUCGUCCGAACACAUCUUGCCUCGGAGACGCGCAUCCGCAAAAACAGAGCCUGUAGGCAACAUGAUCGUAUUACACCAGCAGCCACAAUGUCGGGCCUCCAGCAAUAUGGCGUCGUCUGCAUCCUCUUCGAGUCCUGAGCCACUUAUUGAUUCUGGUCUGGCGCCGUCGCUUCUGGAUCCGUUCGUCUCAUUGCCUGGAGCAGAGAUGUGCACUGAUAUGGUCAACAAACUAGUUUUCUAUUGGAAAACCGUCUUCAUUCCGAUCACGUUCCCAAAGGAACAUAAGCUCACCGAACAGUUCAAAAGAGGUCUCUUGGUUCACACCUCAUUCACCGAUGCGGGCAGUUUCUUCGGUCUGAUGACCAUGUGUGCUGCCCAUCGGGCUAUCAUGGCCGGGCGGCAUUCAGACCUACAGCGCGCUUCAGAGAGCACGAGCCAUCCGCUCUAUGACCAAGACUACUAUAUCAUGAAGGGAAAAUGUAUAGCCGAGAUGAGCGCGAAGAUUCAUGAUUCUACAAAAGUGCUGAGCAAUGAGGCGCUUGGUACCAUCCUCAACCUUCUGUCCGGUUCGCUUAUAGUCGGUCUUUUUGACGAAACACGGAUACACCUCCGUUGUCUCGAACACAUGGUAGAGUUGCGAGGGGGCUUAGUUGAUUGCCGCGAGGAGAUGACUCCGUUAAAGGCUGCUGUCCUGAUGACUGAUGUAAAAGCUGCAACGGGUCUGAUGACAGACACAGUCUUCCCCUUAGUAUGGAGUCCCAAUCCGGUCCCGGCCGACGUGAAACGCCGGAUAAGUCCUCCAGAUGGGUCGUCACUGAAGAACCUGGGAAUUGCCUUCCAUAAGAUACCUAUUCUCAGUCGCCCGCUAUUGAGGAUUCUCGACGUGAUGACCGACAUCAUCUUUUACAGCCAUAUGUGCAAAGAGUCUCCGUCAGCACUCAGCGAUGACGACCAUGACUUCUUUCGUAAUCUGAACCGCGAAGUGGAGCACCUGCUGCUGAGCUAUGUACAUACGCAGGAAGACGGUCAGAAUACGCCCUUCCCAGGGUCGAACCCAGACCCUCUUCCUCUGGAGACUGUGACCCGGGUUGCUGCGAUCUGCUAUCUCAAUUACUUCCUUAUCAAGCUGCUUCCGUCAGCGGGACUCAGCCGUGCGCUCACAAAACAUCUAAAGAGCGCCCUAUCUCACAGCAGUCUACAGUCAUCGCCCAAAGAAUACCAUGCGCUGGUGGCAUGGGCCCUGUUUAUUGGUGGCCAGGGCUCGAUAGCGCAGGUGGAGCGUCCCUGGUUUGUCGAACGCCUCGCUCACAUAUCACGCAGCUGCAAGUGGCACAACUGGGGCCAGGUUACUCGUGUCAUGGGAGAAUACUUCUAUCUUCCCAGCACCAACGAAUCGAUCUGGGCGACGGUCUGGGAUGAGGCUAUGGCGGUAUUAGCUCAAGAAGACAGCACGUGA